GGAAAAGAACUAGUGGGCUGUUUUUGCGAAUACAACAGUAAAGGAAAACUGGCCCUUAUGCCUUUUGAUUGCAAAGCACUGCGUGAAAAAUUAUGGGAAAAAAAUGCAUUGCAGAUUGCAUCAGCUUUGUCUUCUUUGUUCCCACAGGCACAGCAGCUAACAGAUCUGGAGCAAAAACUAGCAGUUGCAAAAGACGAAUUGGAAAAGGCAGCCCUUGACAAAGAGUCACAGCUGAAAGCUCUGAAGGAGACUGUGCAGAUUUGCCUGUCUUCGGUUCUGCACAGUCAGCCUCCCGCUACGAAUCUAAUCCCUUCAAAACCAGCUGAGAAGCUGACAUCCCCCGUUACAAAGGGCUCAAAAGUUCCAUUUCAAGUGACGAGCACCAAGCGAAAUGCUUCAGCAGAGAAAGAGAAUCUUCACGUGGCCUCCAGAAAGGAAGAAAAUCAGAGCAUCCAGGAGUGCGAUUCUCAAAACGUUGGCAAGACGUGUUUGGGGAAUCGCAAUAAUUCAACAUCUCAUUUGAAGACAGCGGGAACAGAGACGAGCUUUCAGAAGUUGCACAGCCCUCCGUGGACUAAACCUGGAGAUAAAAAAUCACCUGAAAGAAAUGAGAAAAAAUAUGAAGAGUCUGUUAGUACAAAAGAAAAAAAACUCUAA